GCCAGGUCCACGUACGGUCUCCUGAUUCCCCCACUCUCCUUCAUCCCCUCCUAUCCAGCAGAACACCAUGGGCAUCGGAAAAUGGGUCGUCAUGGCGCUCACGCACCCCAACGAGUUCCGCACGCUCGUCCAGUUCUACAUCAACCAUGAGCAGAAGCGCGACAUUACCGCGAUGCAGGAGCACGAGACGUCGGGCUGGGACAGGGAGUCGAUGCGCCGCUGCUGGCACUUCCUCGACUUGACGAGUCGCUCGUUUGCUGCGGUGAUCAAGGAGCUGGAGGGAGACCUUGCGCGCGUGGUCUGCUUGUUCUACCUCGUCCUGCGAGGGCUCGAUACGAUCGAGGAUGACAUGACGAUUCCGGACGAGGUCAAGCAGCCCAUACUACGCAAGUUCCACGAACACACCGUUACGCCCGGCUGGACGUUUAAGGAGUCUGGCCCCAACGAAAAGGACCGCCAAUUACUCGUCGAAUACAAUGUCGUGGUCGAAGAGCUGCAUAUACUCCAGCCCGAAUACCGCGACAUCAUCGUCGACAUCUGCGCCAAGAUGGAGGUCGGCAUGGCCGACUACGCGCACCGACACGCCACCACUGGCUCCGUCUACCUCGAGAAGACGGAGGAUUACGACCUCUACUGCCACUACGUCGCCGGCCUCGUCGGCGAGGGCUGCUCCCGCCUCUUCACCGCCUCCAAAAAGGAAGCCCCCUGGCUCGGCACCGAGCUCGAGCUCGCCAACUCCAUGGGCCUCUUCCUCCAAAAGACGAACAUCAUCCGCGACUUCCGCGAGGACGUGGACGAGCGCCGCUUCUUCUGGCCGCGCGAGAUCUGGGGGCAGUUCGGGUUCGGGGACGUGAAGGAGAUGUGCGGGACGGAGCCGGAGGUCGUGGAGCGUGCGCUGUAUGCGCAGAGCGCGAUGAUCCUGAACGCGCUGAACCAUGUGCCGGACGUGCUGGAUUACUUGCGCUGUCUGAAGAACCAGAGCGUGUUCAACUUCUGCGCCAUCCCGCAGACGAUGGCGAUCGCGACGCUCGAGCUGUGCUUCAUGAACCCGGAGAUGUUCCAGCGGAAUAUAAAGAUCAGGAAGGCGGCAGCGGCGGAUCUCAUCAUGAACUCGACCAACCCGCGCGAGGUCGCCGAGAUUUUCCGCAAGUACACGCGCAAGCUGCACUCGCGCGCAUCACCCAAGGACCCCAACUUCCUCCGCAUAUCUGUCGCGUGCGGCAAGAUCGAGCAAUGGUGCGAGAAGAACUACCCGUCCUUCGUGCACGUCGAGCAGGGCAAGGCCGGCUUCGACCCCUCGGACCCGCGCUCGCUCGUCGCGAUCGCGGACCAGCAGCGCGAGGAGGAGCUGGCGAAGAAGAAGCGGAUGGAGGAGAUGCGCGCGCGGUUGGGCAGGACGGACGGCGCGGUGCGGAAUGGAUCCGACGACUCCAUCAUGCAGCCUCUCCUCUGGAUGAUGGGUGCGCUCAUCUCGCUCCUCAUCAUCUGCGGUCUCGCCGUCUGGGCGAUCCUCUGGUGGUUCGAGGAGGACAAGAAGGUGUGGGACUCGAUCUUCGGGGAUGGCCCGGCGGGUGGUUUGAGGGAGUGAGGGACGAAUGGCUUGGGGUGAGAGAUGAUGGAUUUACGUGGACUACCUCGCGUCGGGCGGGCUCGGUAGCGCUGAGCGCAUGCGCUCCGCCUGGCGCGCUUGCGGAAGGCGCAUCCUCCAGGCUUGUUGCAUACUACUGGCGCGUGUUUGAUACCUAUACUUCUCUUUUGCUUAUACGAUCAACUAAUGCACGAGA